AUGGACGAAGAAACUUCGACGCCUGUCUCAACACCAGAGACCAGGUCGACUGUCAAUGGAGAGCGCUCGCUGCCCGCCAUGGCAGAGGCCGAGCUUGCUUCCCCCCUGAGCUCAUCGCCCAUGGAUGCUGAAAUCCUCGACUCCCCCAGCCUCAGUGCUACGACUCCCAAGAGCCACAGGCUUUCAAGGAACCCUUCCUUCUCUGGUAGCAGCAGCACAUACCAGGACGACUGGGAUGCCCUCCCACCGCUUGACCGCUUGACAGUCCUCGACCUGUUAGACAAUUUUGCCCUGCCUCAGCAGCUCGAGAAGCUCCAGAGGGGCAUCUCUGCCCAGACCGACAAGGUGCGACGGUCUCGAGAUGCCUUCAAGUCGAGAACCCAGAAUGCCCGCGACCGAAUGGUGGAGGAAUGGAGGCGGCGUGUCCCCUCGGCCGAUGAACAGCUCGAACGAUAUAGGAAGCGCAUGAGGCAGCGAGUCGAGAAGCUCGGCAAGCAGUGGAAUGAUACAAAGGCCAUCAGCCUCCGAGAGAAGAUAUCCUUCAUCUGUGGCGUUAUGAACAUCUUUGCGAGCGGAUAUCUGAUGGGUGGCUAUCCGGAGUGGUUUCAUAUCUGGUAUACGGCCCAGCUCAUAUACUUUAUGCCCAUUCGGAUUUUCACGUAUCAUCGACGUGGAUAUCACUACUUCUUGGCCGAUCUCUGCUACUUUGUCAAUGUUCUUCUGAGUCUGAGUCUCUGGGUCUUUCCCCAAUCGAAACGGCUCUUCACGGCUGCCUACUGUCUGGCUUUUGGAAACAAUGCUGUGGCAAUCAUCAUGUGGCGUAACUCGUUGGUAUUCCACAGCUUUGACAAGGUCACAUCGCUCUUCAUCCACAUCAUGCCUUGCGCGACGCUUCACUGCAUUGUCCACCUCUAUCCCCCCGAGCUACAGAAGACACGUUUCCCCGCCAUCUGGGCCAUCAAGACCGCGAACCCUGGUUCUCCUACGGCAUACGCCAAUGUCUUCUAG